UUCAGUUGGUGUAAGCAUUUAUGAGAACGCGGAAGUUUGCUUCAAGUUAUGGCGUCGUAUUUGAGUAUAUUUCUAAUAUUGAGUGCAUUUUUGACGCUAAAGUGCGUUUCAACGUAUCCACUAAAAGAGUUUAAUAAGCCAGAAUUUAUCACGUUGCGGCCAACGCAGGUGGAGAGCGCAACGGCAGCAACAGAGAGAGCGCACACAGGCAAUAGAGAUUAUUUACCUUUGAAAAGAGAACAUUGGGCUGUGUUGUGCGCUGCCAUUUCUUUAUGUUUUGUACUCGCCACAAUUUGUAAAUAUAUGUUCUGCCCAAAUGUGCGUAUUUGUGGUUGUAAACAAGUGGAAUUGCAACGCAACGACAAUUUGUCGAACAGAAGAGAAUUACGACCGCAAUACUCGUGGGAUGAAACACCUAAGAAUUAAAUGCAGUUAUUUAGUUUUUAAUCCAAAAAGU